ACCGGCUGUGGAAUUUGUCCUGGUGUGAUAGCGCUUCACGGGAGUACAAACAUGGCGGUGUGAGUACGCAGGUCACGGCACUGAGACACCCCGGCCUCUGCUUGCACCGGAGACCGCGAGUCGGUGGCCAGGGACGAUAUGACGGGGCAGCUGGUAUGAAUGAAUGACUGGAGGACCUUUCAUUAUUAUUCAUUCAUGCACCAGCAGCAGCCAUGUUGGAAAGUUUGGUGGCGUGGGUCCUCAAUACCUACCUGGGGAAAUACGUCAAUAACCUUAAUACGGACCAGCUAUCUGUAGCACUUCUGAAAGGUGCAGUGGAGUUGGAGAACCUGCCUUUAAAAAAAGAUGCACUGAAAGAAUUGGAGUUGCCAUUCGAAGUAAAAGCAGGUUUCAUAGGAAAAAUAAAAAUACAGAUCCCUUUCUACCGUCCUCACCUGGACCCAUGGGUUAUUUCGAUUUCUAAGCUACAUUUAAUCGGCGCUCCCGACAAGCUAGAAGAUUUCGACGAUUUGAAAGAAAAGCUGCUCGAUAAGAACCGCAAAAAAGCACUUCUUAAAGCCCUGGAGGAUAAAUGGAAAAAUGCACAAGAACAAAAAGGAGAAUCCUACUGGUAUUCUGUUACUGCCUCUAUCGUAACUAGAAUUGUGGAUAAUAUUGAGCUAAAAAUUCAGGACGUCCAUUUGAGGUUUGAAGACGGGGUGACAGAUCCAGCGCAUCCAUUUGCGUUUGGUGUAUGCAUUAAAAACGUGUCUGUGCAAAAUGCUGUCCAUGAGCCGGUGGAAAAAUCGAUGAGAAAAAAACAGCUGGAAGUGGAAGAGUUUAGCAUUUAUUGGGAUGUCCGCAGCACUUUAUUGGGAGGCCUUCCUCCCGGGGAGCUGCAGGAGGAGAUGGAUAAAAGCAUGGAGAGUCGGGAGCACCAGUAUAUAGUGAAGCCUGUGUGUACUUCAGCUCUUCUCAAGAGGAAUUGUUCCAAAGAUCCCUUAAGGUCACGACAUCAGCCACGUAUUGAGUGUGAUAUAUGUCUUAAGACCAUCCCGCUGACUCUAUCUCAGGAGCAAUACCAGCAAAUUGUGGAAUUUGUGGAUGAGUUUGAAAGAAAAGAAAGACAACUCAAAUACAGAAAGUGGAAACCGAAUGUUGCCGUUUCAAACAAUUCUAAGGAAUGGUGGCUUUUUGCGCUGAAUGCAAACCUCGCGGAAAUACGGGAGCAAAGACGCCGCUUGACUUUGGACUUUGUGCUCCAGCGCGCACGGGAUGCCAUUUUUUAUUGCGAUAAACACUAUGAUCGUCUUAAAAGGCUACAAUUAUCGAGUGAUGACGAGGCUCGCAUGGAUCAGAUUGAGGAGGAACAGUCAUUUGAAGAAUUGAAGAUCUUACGUGAGCUGGUUCAUAACCGUUUAAGAAAGCAGCAUGAAUUAGCUGAGACAAUAAGAGAGCCGUUUUCUGAUCCAGCGGUAAUUUCUCCAGCCUCUAGCCCGUCUGGAAGCCACACCGGCAUGCUCCAGUAUCUCCAGUCAUGGUUUCCAGGUUGGGGUGGUUGGUAUGGGAAUGCUCAGGAAGCAAGAGAAGAUAUGGAAAGAUUAACACAAGAGCAGCAAGAAAAGAACUGGAGUCCGGAGGAAAUAUUGGGUGCGGAUGAGCUGUUUGACCCAACCACUGAUACUGCAAACUUGAAUACUUUUACCAAAAGAGAUAAUGUGUUUCUGAAACUGAACUUCCAGCUGGAGGGAGGCACAAUCACACUUUCACACAAGGAGAAAAGCAGCACCUCGGAUAAAGAAACUGCUUUCAUGCAGCUUGAAUUUUCAGGAAUGACCGUCCGAGUUGAAUCUUUGCCUCGUCGAGACUCCUCUCUUUUGCUGGUUCAGCUCGGUGGACUGUUCCUUCGAGAUCUGGCAACACACGGCACAAUUUUUCCAGAUCUGGUCUACCCUAAUCCUCAAAAAGAAGUUGGUGGUGUCUCUCAAGCAUUUAGUGCUCACGGUGGUUCUCCAGAAUCGCAGAGUCCUAAGGGUGUGAGUUUUUCAGACGCCCCUGUGUUCAAAAUGUUAUACGAGAAGAAUCCAGUUCACAGCAGUUUUGAAAGGCGACUUGAAGUCAGCACAAGACCUUUAAAUAUAAUCUAUAAUCCACAAGCAAUCACCAAAGUAGCAGAUUUCUUCUACAAAGGCAAAGUUCACAGUUCAGGCUUUGGAUAUCAGUCGGAAUUGGAAUUGAGAGUGGCGGAGGCUGCCAGGCGACAAUACAAUAAAUUGAAAAUGCAAACAAAAGCUGAAAUUAGACAAACCAUUGAUCGAUUGCUGAUUGGAGAAUUUAUUGAGAACAGUCGGCGCUGGACCGUGCAUCUUGAUAUUUCUGCCCCCCAAGUAAUCUUCCCAGAUGACUUCUUGUGCCAGGAUCCUGUUUUGGUCGUGGUAGAUCUUGGGAGAAUCUUGCUUACUAAUUCUCAAGAUCACAGCAGAAGAGGCGUUUUAACUAGUUUAACCACAGAAACAAACGACUUAAGCGAUGAUGAAUACAAAACCCCUUUAGCUACUCCUCCCAACAGUCCCCCUCCGGAAGCCGAUGAUCAUUCGAGCACAGACGUUCCCAACAUCCUCGGAGCGGAGCUACGUGAUAACAUCGAGGCCGGUUUACUCAGUGACAGAUUAUACGAGAAGUACUCUCUGUCGUGCAUGGAUCUGCAAAUCAUGGUGGGACACGUGAAAGAUAACUGGAAACAUAUUCAGGACAGCGAGGUUGGCCCAACCCAUGUAGUCGAAAAGUUCAACGUGCACUUGCAGUUGGAACGUAGGUUGAUGUAUACCUCCGACCCCAAUUACCCAGGUGCCCUUCUUUCUGGGACGCUGCCCGACUUGAAGAUUCACAUCAACGAAGAUAAGAUAUUGGCACUAAGGAAAUGUUUCACUAGCUUGACCAAUUCCGAGAGCAAGCUUUCUGAUAACACCCUCCUCCGAAAAGAGAAAAUAUUUAUCGAUACGGAACGCAAUGGAAUGCUGCAAGAUUCCGUAAUGAACCUAACUCAGAGCAUUAUUACUCUCGAGCAACAGACCAGGGAGGUACUUGUGGAGUCCAAGCUCCUUUUAGUCGAAUUUAAGAUUAACUACAUGCAGCUGGGUGUCGAAAGUUGCGGCAGAUAUAUUUCAGUCCUCAAGGUGUUCGGUUGUAACGCUCAUUUUGUGAAAAGGCCAUACGAUGCUGAGAUAUCUCUUACAGUCCACGGUCUGCUGAUGGUGGACACUAUGCAAACAUAUGGUGCUGACUUUGACCUUCUGAUGGCCUCUCAUAAGAACCUGAGUUUUGACGCACCUACUGGAAGUCUCCGUGAGAGCAGGGCCCAGUCUCCAGUGUCUGACGGCAAUGGCUCAUCGCCUUUAAACCCAGGCGUUUUAAAAGAUAAGUAUGCUUCCCUGGAGAACCUUAACAUAAAAGACGAAGAGUCGCUGAUUAGGCUAGAAUACCAGUUUGUGAGUUCUGAGUGCCCAUCGAUGAACUUAGACAGUUCUCUGCAGGUCAUGACAGUGCAGGUCAACAACUUGGACAUCAUCCUUAACCCUGAAACCAUGGUGGAGCUGGUGGGUUUUCUCCAGAAAUCUUUCCCUAAAGAAAAUGAGGAUAUGAGCCCCCAUCCUUUGAAAACAGACACUGAGAGGGACUUUGGUGUGCAGGAGUCAUUCCAAUCUACGUACGAACAGAACACUCAAGUGGCCGUAGACAUCCACAGAUUGAACAUACUGGUUUUUCGAACUGUUGUGGACAACUAUGGAGAGAGUAGUGGGAGAAAAAUUGCAACCGCCAGCAUUGGAGGCACUAAAGUUAAUGUGUUUUUAGGUAGCAGGUGUAAUGUAAAUGGGUCGCUUGGAUGUUUGCAGCUCAUUGAUCUGGCACAAGAUACAAUAAAUAAUCAGUACGUUAUCAGCAUAGGAAAUACAGCAGCCUACGAGAGUCAAGCCGGUGACGAGGAAUCCUUUGAAAACACGUUUUCCAGAAGAUAUUCAAACUGUGCUCCCAUGGAGGCUUUAAGUUUUACAUUUAGCGAACACUCUAAAGAAGAAUUUUCCCUUAAUCUAAAGAUGGCAUCCUUACAUUAUAAUCAUUCGGCCAAGUUUCUGAAAGAGUUAACGUUGUCCAUGGAUGAACUGGAAGAUAAUUUCCGUAACAUGCUAAAGAGCGCAGCUUCCAAAGUGUCCUCCGUACUGGCAACCAAAACAGCCGAGUACAGCGAGAUGGUUUCGAUAUUUGAGACCCCGCGGAAACACAGGGAUUCUUUUCCGUUCGAAGCGGAUGAAUAUGAUGGUGUGAGCCCGCAGGACCUUAAAACAGAGACCGUGAAGCUGAUUCUUAAUAUUAACAUUGAAUCCCCGGUUGUGUCCAUACCUCGCAGUCCGGGUAGUUCUGAGCUGCUGGUCGGGCACCUUGGCCAGAUAUUUAUUCAGAACUUUGUGUCCGACGACGACAGUUGCAGCAGCGAUCGGCUACAGGUAGAAAUAAAAGAUAUCAAACUCUACUCUUUGAACAGCAGGCUCCUUACGGGAAGGAAAGACUCCCAACAUGAUUCCAAGUCCCCUCGCACCCGUUCGGGUUCAGCGAGUGUCAGCAGUCAAGAAGAACAGCAUUUUACAAGACAUGAUUUUUUUGAGUCCUUGCAGAAGAAUCAAGCUUUCCAUAUUUUAAACAACACUACCAUACAGUUCAAAAUGGAGAAGUUUACCAUACAGAGAGAGUCCGAGUUGACGUUUUCCCUCGUGGAGGAUUCCGUAGAUGUUGGAAGCGUUAUGAAAAUCGAAGGAAACUUUGUCAAUCGUGUCCAGGUGGUCCUAGCAAAGCACGUGUAUGAGCAAGUUCUCCAAACGCUCGACAACUUGGUAUACAGUGAAGAUGUGAACAAGUUGCCUCAGAGCCCAUCCUCCCCUCCCUAUCAAGGUUAUCCAAGGACACCUGUAUUCAAAAGUCCUCAGGUCUCCAAUGAACAGAAGGAGAGCCCGUUGUUUAAUGCUCCCAGUUUUAGAUCCUUCUCAAACAAGUCUGUUUCCACUCAGGCAUCUACGCCAUUCACUCAAAUCCAGGCAAACUUUCGAAUCUCGGAAUUACAGAUUCAGUUAAGCGGUGACCUUACGCUUGGUUCCCAAGGUCUUGUAAGUGUAACGUUUCAAGACUUUGACAUUGAGUUCAACAAAGACCACCCGCAGACCUUGGCCAUUCAGAUUGCGCUACGUUCACUUCUAAUGGAAGAUCUCCUGGAAAAAAACCCUGAAUCAAAAUACAAGAACCUCAUGGUAUCUCGAGGGGCACCAAAACCAUCCAGCUUAGCCCAUAAAGAAUAUCUUUCGCAGUCUUGUCCGUUGGUGUCUCAUGUUGAGUGUCCUGAUAUGCCACGAUCGCUUCCAUCGCACAUGGAAGAAGCCCCAAAUGUCUUCCAGUUAUACCAAAGGCCGGCUUGCCCGUCCCGUCGGAAGCAAAAGGAAGAUAAGGAUUCCGAGUAUCCUUUGACGCCACCUCCUUCUCCAACAUCUGAGGAAUCGAAACCGUCUGGUGCAAAAGAAGGCUUUGAUGAUUCUUUGGUUCACAUCAAUGUGUUCUUGGUAGAUAAAAAGCACCCGGAAUUCUCUUCAAAGUACAAACGUAUCAACCGCAGCGUUGAUGUUGAUUUCAACUGCUUGGACGUCCUAAUCACGUUGCAGACAUGGGUGGUGAUAUUGGACUUUUUCGGAAUCGGGUCAACCGCGGAUAAUCACGCUAUGAAGCCGCCAACGGAAAUGCGUCAAGCUGCAAAGUCAGAGAGCGGUUUGGUGUUGCCGAUUCCCGUCAAAGAAAAUAUCAACACCAAGUUGGAUCUGAAGGUUCACUCUCUAUCAUUGGUUCUUAAGAAGACAACAAGAGAAUUGGCCAAAGCUAGUGUGUCGAAACUUGCUGCUCACCUGGAAAUGAUUGAAGGGGAUUUAGAAGUCCAAGGAAGCAUCGGUAGCCUCUCACUGAGCGACUUGACCCAGCAUGGGGAGCUGUACACAGAGCGCUUCACGACAAGUGGGGAGGAGGCACUCAUAUUUCACAUUUUCAAGUACGGACUACCAGACCCUACUUUGAAACGAGAGUAUGACAUGCGUCUAAGCCUGAGAAUGGCCUCUGUACAGUACGUGCACACCCAACGUUUCCAGUCUGAGGUUGUGGCCUUCAUCCAACAUUUUACUCAACUACAAGAUGUUCUUGGUCGCCAGAGGGCAGCCAUACAGGGACAAACUGUUAGAGACCAGGCACAAAGAGCCUCUCGGAUAUUGCUUGACAUAGAGGCUGGAGCUCCUGUCCUUCUCAUCCCUGAAAGCUCUAAAUCAAACAACCUAAUUGUUGCCAACCUCGGGAAACUAAAAGUCAAAAACAGGUUUCUGUUCUCGGGGAGCCCUGGAACUUUCUCUUUAAAAGACAAGAGUUUGGGUAAAUCUUCAUCGCCCAUCGUCACUCCCGAGCACAAAAUCAAAAGCAGAAGAGACGUCUCAUCCAAGGUAGACUGCCAUUCAGGGGAAGGUUUGUUUAUGCCUCCGAACCACAGACAUCAAAGUGAUCCGGAUCUUGGUUUACAGUCAAGCACGAGAGAUACAAAGCAGCCCGCUGCUCAGGAUACUGACAGCAAGUUCCUCUCGGAAGAGCACCUUUGCUUGUUGGACUGCAUUGUGGUCGACCUGCAGGACAUGGACAUCUUUGCGGCCGAGCGGUGCCCUCGAGGUGUUGCAGAAGGUUUGAAGAAGUCCAGAGCUGACCUCUCCUUCCCCUCGUAUUUCGUCAGACAGAAGGGAGGCAGCCUUCUAGCGGAGUGCUGCAGACUGAAAUUACAGCUAGAGAGGAAUUUGGAUAAAGAAUUCAGCCACACCGUUCCAGACAUGUCCAUUCACGGUAGCUUAUCCUCUGUCCACUGCUCUCUGGAUCUGAGUAAAUACAAAUUAAUUCGCGGUCUACUGGAGAAUAAUCUGGGAGAACCGAUUGAGGAUUUUAUGCGGCCGUACGACUUGCAGGAUCCACGAAUCCACACUGUUUUAAGCGGCGAGGUCUACACUGGAAUCUCUUUCCUUAUUGAUAUGGUAAACGUAAGUUUGGAACUUCUUGAGGACAAAAGCAAGGAUGGAGGAAGCAGCUCAUUGGCAAGGUUCGACUUUAAAAAGUCCAAGUUGCUGUUUGAGAGCUUCUCAAACCAGACCAAGUCCAUAAAUCUCGUCUCCCAUUCCCUGAUGGCGUUUGACACGCGGUACGCUGGGCAGAAGCACCCUGCCAUUCCCAAGCCGAAUGUGUUCAACUGCAUCCUACAGCCGUCAAAAAGUAACAGCAACCCAGGAUCGCUGCAAAUCGAGUUACAUCACAGAUCCACGAAAGACACGUCCUGCUUUACCGUCGUGCUGAACAACCUGCGUGUGUUUUUAAUAUUUGAUUGGCUUCUUCUAGUGCAAAAGUUUCUCCAAACCCCCUGCGAUAAAAAGAAACCAGACCUUUCACGGGAGCGAACGCUCAGUGUUGGCAGCGCUUCGUCGGUUGCGCCUAAAGCGGUAAAAUCUGGCGUUGUGACCAAGAGGUCCUCGGUACCGACCACCCCCGAAAAGCAGCUAGAAGUCAAGAUAAACGUGACUGGAACAGAGUUCGUGGUUGUUGAGGAUAUGUCCUGCUUUGACACCAAUGCUAUAAUUCUCAAAGGAACCACCGUCCUGACUUACAAACCCAAACUUGCGGAUCGUCCUUUCUCUGGCAGCUUGUUUGGCAUCGAGGUAUUUUCCUGCUGUUUGGGGAAUGAACAGGAAAGCGCUCUAUCCAUAAUCGAUCCAGUUCACGUGCAAAUCGAGCUGGUGGGGAAUUCGACGUACCAAAGCACUUCUGGGCUUAUGGAUGCGUUCAACACUGAGGACUUUCCACCAAUACUCGAGAUUCAGCUUCAUACCCUGGACAUCCGACUGUCCUACAACGAUGUUCAGUUAUUUUUGGCCAUAGCUAAAUCGAUUCCUGAGCAGACAAGCCCUAGCACGUCGGCAGCGGAGGAGCAGGAGGUCCAGCCUGUCCACGACAUUACGCCUGCUUCAGUUAAAGAGCGAGAGAACCUAGCCGUGGCCAACAGAAGCACGCAUGUAAUGGACCCGCUUCUAGAAGUUCAGCUUUCCCGGCUCCAAGAGCUGGGCUUCACCAUGGACGACUGUCGGAAAGCACUUUUGGCAUCCCAAGGUCAGCUAAACAAAGCUGCAUCUUGGUUAUUUAAGAACGCCGAACCUAUGAAGCCGUCCGUUACCAAAAAGAACAAGAACGUGGUUGGCGCCGUGCGAUGGAUCUCUGGUGUGGAGCUCAAGGCAGAUAGUGCUUGCAUCUGUUUCAUCGACGAUUGCAUGGACUGUGACGUCCCGUUAGCGGAGAUCACCUUUUCUCGUUUGAACUUUUUCCAGCAUUUGGUAUCCAAUCCUGAUGGUUUUGCUGAAUUCACUCUUUCCGGAGAUUAUUACAACCGUGAGCUAUCAGGUUGGGAGCCGUUUAUUGAACCGUGGCCGUGUGUCUUAUCCUGGCAACAGCAAGAAGCCAGCCGCCUGCACCCGUCACGACUUAAGAUGGAUAUGAAGGCGAAACAGCGCCUGGAUAUUAAUAUCACCUCUGUGUUAAUGGAGCAGUAUAUCAGAACAAAAGAGUCGUGGAUGACUGAUUACUGCAAACAGGAAAAGAAAUGUGAAAUAAACACCGCUGACGAGUGGAUGGGCUCCUCCGUAGAUCCUCCUUAUAUCGGACCCAUUGAGAUGAAGACCCCAAAGCGAAGGCAGCCAUUUGUACCCUUUGCGCUCCGGAAUCAUACAGGUUGCACGCUUUGGUUUGUUACCUUGACAACCACCCCAACACGCGCUGCCUUGUGCCACAGCGGAAGUCCUGAAGUGGUUCCCGAAGGCGGCAGAGACUUUCUGGAUGACGCUCACAACGUCAGUCAGUGGAGGGAAGUCCUUCCAGGGGAAGAGAUCCCUUUUGAGUUCGAAACCAGAGAAAAGCUGAGACACCGGCAUACGCAUGACCUGAGAAUACACCAGCUGCAGGUCCGCGUCAGCGGAUGGGAGCAAAUUAGCCCGGUGUCUGUGGACAAAGUCGGAAUCUUUUUCCGGUACGCUGCCCCCGAUAAGAACACUUCUUCAUCUUCGGUUGGCAGUCCCAUCAGCAGAACCAACAUAAUCCACCCGCAGGUCUACUUUUCCGCGUUGCCUCCGGUACGCGUGGUUUUUGCCGUCACCAUGGAAGGCAGCGCACGCAAAGUUAUAACGGUCCGUUCAUCUUUAAUAGUCAAGAACAAGCUAGAAAUUCCUAUGGAGCUUCGCUUGGACAGCCCUUCUGCACCAGACAAGCCGGUGAUCCUUCCCGCAGUAAUGCCCGGAGAUUCGUUUGCCAUCCCCUUGCACCUCACAUCGUGGAGACUGCAGGCUCGGCCCCGAGGAAUGGGGGUGUUUUUUUGCAAAUCCCCCAUUCACUGGACCAAUGUAACCAAGUCUGGGGAGGUGUUAAGUAGUAAACGAGAAUGUCAUUCGAUGGACACGGAAAAAAGCAGAUAUUUCAGGUUUUGCGUGGCGCUGAAGAAAGAAAACUACCCCGAUUACAUGCCGUCAAAUAUCUUUUCCGAUAGCGCUAAACAAAUAUACAGACAGCCGGGACAUACCAUUUUCCUCCUUCCCACCGUGGUGAUCGGUAACCUGCUACCUUGCGAACUCAACUUUUACGUUAAAGGAACCCCAAUUAAAGGGACCCUGAAACCCGGAAAGGAGACUGCUUUGCACACAGCUGAUACCUCUCAAAACAUUGAGCUGGGAAUAGCGCUGGAAAACUUCCAGCAUUGCAAAGAACUGCUGAUCCCGCCGGGCACGCAGAAUUACAUGGUGAGAAUGAGACUAUACGACGCCAACAAGAGGCAGCUGAACCUCACCAUCCGCAUCACGUGCCGAGCGGAAGGGUCCUUGAAGAUAUUCAUCUCUGCGCCAUAUUGGCUGAUCAAUAAAACAGGGCUGCCGCUAAUUUUUCGCCAGGACAAUGCGAAAACGGAUGCUGCCGGGCAGUUCGAAGAGCAUGAGCUCGCAAGGAGCCUAAGCCCGCUGCUUUUCUGUUAUGCGGACAAGGAGCUGCCGAACCUGUGUACAAUGCGGGUUGGGAAGGGGAUUCAUCCUGAAGGGAUCCCUGGCUGGUGUCAGGCGUUUUCCCUUGAUGGCGGCAGCGGUGUACGCGCUUUGAAAGUGAUUCAACAAGGGAACCGUCCAGGACUGAUUUAUAACAUAGGUAUCGAUGUUAAGAAAGGAAGAGGACGUUAUAUAGAUACGUGUAUGGUCACCUUCGCUCCUCGCUACCUCCUGAUCAACAAAUCAAAGCACAAGCUCGCCUUCGCCCAGAGAGAGUUUGCGAGAGGACAGGGCACCAGUAACCCGGACGGUUACAUCUCGACUCUUCCCGGAUCCAGCGUAGUAUUUCACUGGCCAAGAAAUGACUAUGACCAAUUACUGUGCGUCCGAUUAAUGGACGUAUCUAAUUGUGUCUGGUCCGGCGGUUUUGAAGUCAAUAAAAAUAACUCCUUUCAUAUUAACAUGAGGGACACUCUUGGAAAAUGUUACUUUUUGCGGGUCGAGAUCACGCUUCAUGGGGCAACUUACCGCAUAUCGUUCAGUAACACCGACCAGAUGCCUCCUCCUUUUCGAGUGGACAACUUCUCAAAGGUCCCGAUUGUCUUCAUGCAGCAUGGAGUUGCCGAGCCACGGCUGCAGACUGAGGUCAAAGCGAUGACAUCACUGGAUUAUGCGUGGGACGAGCCGAUUCUGCCUUCUUACAUCACCAUUACUGUUAAAGGGGCAGGCUCUUCGGAGGUCACCUGCAACAUGAACAACUUCCAGGACAGCAAGCAACUAUACUAUGAGAAUUUCAUUUACAUUGCUGCAACCUAUACCUUCUCUGGAUCUCAGGAAGGAAAUGUCAUGUCCGUCGCUCAGAAUAAAAACAUCACCAGCGCAGAGCUGGUUCUCGAUGUUAAUCCCAAAACACACAGAGUUAUCCUAAAGAAAAAGGAGCCUGGUAAGCGUUCCCAGCUCUGGAGAAUGACCGGCAGUGGAAUGCUUUGCCACGAAGGAUCUACAGCUCCUCAUAACCCCAAUAAACCGCCAAGCUCACGGUCCCUCGACUCCUCCUUGGUGUUGGAUAUUGCAGGGCUGGCUGCAGUCACAGAUAACAAGUAUGAACCUCUGAUGUUGAGGAAGCCGGACAGAAGGCGCAUCACCACCCAGACAUGGUGUUUUCGAGAUGGCAAGUUAUCAUGCAGCUUGCAUGGGUUGGUGGUCCAGGCUCGGAAUGGGGUUUCGGGACUUUGUGAUGGAGCUGAAGUUGUUCUCGGGCCUGACUCAUCUUUUGACCUCCUGGGUUCUAGUCCGCCAGAACAGCUGUUUAUCAACCAAAAAAUGAGGCCAGGGUCCGGGGUUCUCAGUGUCCGCGUCGUUCCAGACGGACCCACAAGAGUGCUGCAGAUAACCGAUUUUAACCAGAGAAGAAGCGACCGUUCUUCACAAGAAAUGAAUGAACUUGCCGAGCUGGAACUGAAGAAGUUUAAAAGUCCCAACGCAGAGCAUGAGUUAGAGGUUCUUGUAAAGUUGGAAGAAGGAAUCGGCAUUUCCCUGAUUAACAAAGUCCCCGAGGAAUUAGCGUUUGCAAGCCUCUCCGGGAUUAAUAUUCAUUAUACGCAUUUGGCAGCAAAUCAGGUCCUCGAGCUCAGCGUUCAGAACAUUCAGGUGGACAACCAGUUGAUUGGCACCACUCAGCCCGCCAUGUUGUUUGUCACCCCACGGAGCGCUGAAAGUGAAGAAACUGAGCAAGGUCCAGCUAUACAAGUCAAUGCCAUGAAGGUUCCCAGUAAGAAUGCCCUGACAGAUUUAUACAAGCACCUCUUAAUCACAACUCAAAAAUGCACCGUGCAGAUCGAGGAAAAACUGCUUCUGAAGCUGCUGAGUUAUUUUGGUGUCAACCAAUCAGAGACGGAAGUCGAAAAAUGGGACGAAAAUAUCCACGAGAAAACCGGAGAGGCGACCGCGGAUGAAAAAAGAUAUUACUUUGAAAACUUGAAAAUAUCUGUCCCGCAGAUCAAGCUGAGUGUUUUCACCUCGAACAAACUGCCUCCUGACCUCAAGGUUUUGAAGAGUACCCUGGGUUUCCCUCUGAUCAAAUUUGAAGAUGCGGUGAUCCACCUGGACCCUUUCACGAGAGUCCACCCCUACGAGACGCGUGAAUUUAUUAUCAACGACAUCCUCAAACAUUUCCAAGAGGAACUGCUCAGUCAAGCCGCAAGCAUUCUGGGCUCGGUAGAUUUCCUCGGCAAUCCAAUGGGCUUGUUGAAUGAUGUGUCGGAAGGAGUAACCGGGCUUAUCAAAUAUGGAAAUGUUGGUGGAUUAAUACGAAAUGUGACCCAUGGCGUCUCCAACUCAGCUGCAAAGUUUGCCGGGACACUUUCUGAUGGACUAGGAAAGACUAUGGACAACCGGCACCAGACCGAACGGGAAUAUAUCCGAUACCAUGCGGCCACCAGCGGGGAGCACCUCGUUGCAGGAAUCCAUGGCCUUGCUCAUGGAAUCAUCGGUGGUCUGACUAGCGUGAUAACAUCAACCGUAGAGGGUGUCAAAAACGAAGGUGGGGUCAGUGGCUUCAUUUCAGGCCUCGGAAAAGGGUUGGUUGGGACCGUGACGAAGCCGGUCGCUGGAGCUUUGGAUUUUGCAUCAGAAACCGCCCAGGCUGUGAGAGAUACGGCUACCCUCAGCGGUCACAGAAUGCAAGUUCAGAGGGUCAGGAGGCCACGUUGUUGCACAAGUCCCCAAGGACUCCUACCGAGAUACUCGGAUAUUCAGGCCGAGGGACAAGAGCAGCUUUUCAGACUGACGGACAACAUCCCGGAGGAAUGUUUUAUUGCAGUCGAGCACAUAGAUAGCUACUGCGUGCUGAUCUCAUCCAAAGCAGUUUAUUUCCUGAAGUGGGGAGAUUACGUAGACCGGGACGCCAUAUUCCUUGAAAUUAAGUACGAUGAUCUAUAUCACUGCUUAGUGUCGAAGGACCACGGCAGGAUCUACGUGCAGCUCACCAAGAAAGCGGAAAAUACAAGCAGUGGGGUGGCCUUCCCGGGACCCUCUCAUCAGAAGCCUAUGGUCCACGUGAAGUCCGAAACGCUGGCCGUGAAGAUCUCCCAGGAAAUAAAUUAUGCGAAGAGUCUUUACUACGAGCAGCAGCUGAUGUUACGAUCAUCGGAGGACAACGAGCACCUGGAUAUAGAGCCUUAAAGUAUUCCUUACCACUGAACAAGAGCUUACGCUUCAUAGAGUCCAAAACAAGUGAAAUUAGUAUCAAUACGAAGGUUUUUGGGUAACGUGCACUACUGCUGCCUUUAUAGUAUAUUUGUGAUAGCGGGGUAAUUUAUAUUAUGGGUUAGUAAUAUUUAAAUUGUGAUAUAAAUAUAUAUAUACAUAUAUAAAUAUAUAAAUUUAACAUUGUGCUCAUUUUACAGAAAGACCUUUAUUUUGCUAACUUUGUAAAUAUGUAAAUCUAGGUUUUGAUGUAAAUACAGAGGGGGAAAAAAACUCAAAUUCUUUUGACGUAGGAUGUCGAAUUUGUUUACAUGAAAUUCCUUAGACGUCGAAACAAAAUCGAUUGCAAAUACUGUACCGAAUCUAUGCAUCUCUGCCGGACCCCGCGUCCGGAAACAUGGUGCAUGCGCGGGGGGGGGGGGCUAUCCCGAAUGUUUUCGUGAAUAGGACGUUAAAAGUUACUAGUGAAUAAGAAUAAUGCGGAUCUCAUUACUCUUUUUUUUUUCUCUU